CUCCUUCUCAACUAUCUUCAUUUCAGUAACUGCUAACACAGUGCAGUCCUAACAACAUCUUCAUAUCACGAUAAUUCUACCAUUCUGCAUACCCAGACGCGAGUAUUUCGAGACAUUCCUGAGGUUGAACCUCACUUUAGACGCGAGAACUGAUACCACCCGGGCCUCAACCCCAAAUCAGAACCACAACGCCCCAACGACAGCAGCUAAGAAUAUUACCCAGCGAAAGACCUUCGCCCCAGCUACUAGAUUUCUGCUUCUUGCAUUGCCCCAACUUGUUCUACCGAACACAUAGAGCUUGAUAAUAUGCCACCCACUAGAAGUCUACGGCAGCGUGCCGUUACUAAUGAAAAUGAUGAGAAUGCCCCGACGACACGUCUGACUAGAGCCAAAGCCGCUGCCGCGUCUAGCCAUGAAAACCAACUGAACGCUGCAGCCGCGAAGAGACCCCUUCAAUCGAAGAAAAGUUCUCUGAAUUCUGCUAACACUGGGGCUCAGCGAAAACGGGCAGCAUUGGGAGAUGUAAGCAAUGUGAACAAGUCAGAGGGCGUAGAUACAAUGGACGCGAAAGAAUUGAAGAAAGGAACCACGAGCCGAGUCGGAUUAACAUCCAAGGCCACAACUCAAACUGGUGGUGUGCAAAAGAUUACGCGCAGCAACACUUCUCGAUCUGCAUUAGGGGUCAGAGAUGCCAACAAGCGCGAAGCGGAACUAAAACGGCCAGGAAGCGGUUCAGGUGUCAUGGGCAGUGCACAGUUGAAGCGUCAACAGAGUCAGAAGUUCCUUUCUGCAAAUGAAAAUAAUGCCGUCACAGACGAACCUCCCCGAAAACGGAUUGACAGUGGAAAAAAGACGACCGCAUUCCAAGAAGAAGCAAAGCUAGAGGAAACAGACAGCGUCCCUACCGAGGAACCACAGGACGCAGAUAAGCCGCUUAAUCUUGAUGCUGAGGAUCAAUUCGACCCGUUGAUGGCGUCUGAAUAUGUCAUUGAAAUUUUUGACUAUCUUAAAGAGAUUGAACCGCAGACAAUGCCCAACCCGGAUUACAUUGAGCAUCAAGAGGAGCUAGAAUGGGAGGUGCGUGGUGUCCUUAUUGACUGGCUCAUCGAGGUCCAUACACGCUUCCGACUACUACCGGAAACCCUUUUCCUUGCUGUCAAUAUCAUUGACCGGUUCUUAUCCAUCGACAUUGUUGCUCUCGACCGUCUACAACUUGUUGGUGUUGCUGCCAUGUUCAUUGCCUCAAAAUACGAAGAAGUCCUCUCACCUCAUGUCGCGAACUUCAGUCAUGUUGCCGACGAAACAUUUACAGACAAGGAGAUCCUCGACGCAGAGCGACACAUCCUUGCGACGCUUAAUUAUGACAUCAGCUAUCCCAAUCCCAUGAAUUUCUUGCGAAGAAUAUCGAAAGCGGAUAACUAUGAUGUUCAAACUCGGACCUUCGGCAAAUAUUUUAUGGAGAUCAGCCUGUUGGACCACCGCUUCAUGCGCUAUCGACAGAGCCAUGUUGCGGCUGCUGCCAUGUAUUUUGCUCGACUAAUCCUCGACCGAGGCCCAUGGGAUGUGACUAUUGCACACUAUGCCGGGUACUCUAAAGAGGAGAUCAUACCUGUGUUUCACCUUAUGAUCGAUUACCUCUAUCGUCCUGUUGCUCAUGAGGCAUUUUAUAGGAAAUACGCCAAUAAACGCUUUUUGAAGGCUUCCCUUCACGCUCGUCACUGGGCCAAGAAAUACCGUUCCAUGUACCUAAGCCAAGAGAGCUACGAGAAUCGCCAGAGACAUAGCUGAUCAACAAAUUCCUCAAUAUUGGUUGCAGAGCACCUCUUCUGCAAGUCAAUUCGCAUGUGGACGAGUCUGUUGCGGUCGGCGUUUCACUAAUAAUAUACUGCCUCGCCGCUAUGUCACCACGCACUUCUUUUUUUGGUUACCCUUCGUGGUGUUGAUACGACGACAUGCCAUCUGCUUCCUUUGCUUAAACAUUCUCAGUUUCGUCAUCUGUCGGAUUCAUCCCUUUCGAUUCCAACGUUUCCGGUUCUAUUCAUAAUCCAUUUUCUCUUCUUGGCUUGGUUUUCAUCACGGUGUUGAGUGAACAAGGGUUGGAAAGGGUCCCUACCGUCUCCAUUUUUCUACUGAUUAUGCUGUGCUUAUUCUACAUUUUAUGCUGGGUUCAUCUGGCGUCCAGCGUGGUUGCAUUCUAUUCUCUUUGUUCAUAUCCUGAAGUGUUUAAUGCGAGCUCAUCUGCAAAGAUGUCUGCCUGCAAGGCAAUUGCUGAAAGCAGGAGCAUCGUUUGAUGUAAUUUCGCAUCCACUUUGUGGGAUUAGAGUAUACGGAUGGUUUACAGGGACAGGGGUAAUCUUUAAAAAGUGGUGUGUGAGCUCUAUUUUCUUUUGAGGGGAUGGGUGUUGACGGCCUUUGAACCUUGAAGCUUCGGCGCUAAUUGUGCAGGGUUUGAUUGCUUGUCUUUAUUUCUCAUUUGCACUUCUCCCCCCACUGUUUCUGCUUUCGUUGUGUUCUUGUACAUAUGCAUGGGCUUGUGGAUCGGCUUCUAUUGCAAUCGUACUCCUGUUUGAGUUGCUUGCU